CCCGAUUCACGACGUUAAUUUUUUUGGUCCACAAUUUAGCCAUUUUCGUGCCCUUUCUGCGCCGUUAUUAUGUUAAUUUUGCGCUAAAAGUCGCCCCGAGUCCGGCUUCUACGAGAUUUUGAUGUAUUUCGUUCGAAAAAGUGCAUCCUUGGUCCCGUAAUUUCGCAAAAAUUCCAUCACACACAAGCAACACUUGUAGAGCACAGUCGUCGUCUGCCAUUUGUAGUAACGCAAAAUACAAGUCAAAGCAGCAAAAAAAAAAACGACAACAAAAAUAAGUGAAAAACAAAUAAACACUAUGUGCUAUUUUUGGCAUUUUCAGUGAGAGAGACGCGCAAGAGAGUGUCGCGCACAAGUGAAUCACCAUCGUUGCCGUUCCAGACGUGAAAAAGUGCCUCCGCGGGUCCCAAAUCCGCGUAUCGUCGUCUCGCAAAAGAAGCAAUCAUCCAAUUUACUACUUCUCGCGAGAAGCUGUUGUCGUCAAUUGAAAGAAACAAAAAAAAAAUCCAACGAAUGUGUGUUGUUAGAUAAACCCGAAGUGCCCGAGAUCGUCAUAAAUAAUAAAACGAGAAAAUUUUUCUACUUAGUCACACACACACAAAGAAGCGAGAAUAGGGAAAAGUUAUUUAUUUACACAACGCAACAACAAAACAAGUGCAAAAACCGUUUUUUUUUUAUACGGAACAAAAUUUUUAUACUGUCAAACGGAAAAUAUUGAGAUUUUCAAGAACACUUUGCUCCCUCCAUUGAUCGACGAGUGUUCGAGUGAAUGUUUGGCAAAUUACCCAACAAGCCUUUCUUACGCUCAAAAUAAUUAUUACGACACACCGUGUGUGCAUCUGUUCGUUGUAAUUAACAAAAUAAUUGGGAAAUUCUUGAAUAAAAGUGUUACUUCGACAAUCGAACGCCGAUCAUCAUCAACAUCAUGGCGAAUUCCUAUUCUCAGGGAGAAUACAUCAAGCAUCCAGUAAUUCUCUACGAAUUAAGCAACAAAUAUGGAUUAACAGACAAUACGCCGGACAGUGCGAUACCGGAUCGACUGGAGGAGAUUAAGGAAGCGAUCCGCAGGGAAAUCAGAAAAGAAUUAAAGAUAAAAGAAGGCGCGGAAAAGCUGAGAGAAGUGUCGACAGAUAGACGUUCCCUAUCUGACGUCGCGUCAAUCGUGAAGAAAAGUAACAAUAAAAUUGCAGAAUUGAAUGCAGAACUGCAAGAUUUGGAAAGUCAAAUUAUUCUCACGCAGGGGAAUACUGUCAGUAGUAAUGGACAAGAAUUCCUUACGUCGCCGAUUGCCGCCCACGCCAGCGACACGCAGCAAGGCAUCAGUGUCAACGACAAGCUGCUCCAGUCGCUCGAGAAGCAACUCAGUAUCGAGACAAAGGUGAAAAAUGGUGCCGAAAACAUGAUUCAGAGCAUUUUGCAUGGGCACAAUGGGCGCGACAAGAAACUACUUGCGGAAGCGCAACAAAUGCUCGCCGACAGCAAAACCAAAAUCGAGUUCUUGAAGUUGCGCAUCCUCAAGGUCAAGCAAAAUCGACAGUUGAAUAACGUGUCGGACGAGAACGGCGAUCCGAAGACGCGACAUUUGGAGAAUUCGUUGGAAGAACGCAUCGAGGAACUGCGACAUCGGUUGCGCAUCGAGGCAGCUGUCGUCGAUGGUGCCAAAAAUGUUAUCCGCAUACUGCAAAGUAACAAAAAUAUCGAUAAAAAGGCAUUUCAAGAGGCUCAAGGAACUCUCGUCGAAUCAUCGAGAAAAUUAGAUUUACUGCGACGCUCAUUAGAAUUACGUAGAUUAGAGUUGCCCGCAGACUCUCCAGCUGCCGCUCAAAUCAAGGCUGAAUUACAAAACGUACAAGCUUCGAGUCCGCUGCCCGUUCAAUACACCUCGUUGCAUCCCUUUCGCGGCAAUCAAAUUGUCAAGCAUCCCACAUCGCAGGGACGCAUCGCUGCUGUCACCGGCAAACUCGAAGUUCGUCUCAUGGGAUGCCAAGGCUUGCUCGAAGAUGUUCCAGGACGAUCGCGUCAAAGUCCCGGCGAGUUCAAAAGUCUCGUGAAGGGCAUUUCCAAGAGUUCGAAGAGUUACAGCGUCAAAGAUGAGACAUCGAACGAAAUUAUGGCUGUCAUAAAGUUAGAUAACACAACUGUCGCGCAAACUGCGUGGAAAAGUUGCUCGCAACAAGCGUGGGAUCAACGUUUCAGCAUCGAUCUAGAAAAAUCGCGCGAACUCGAGAUCGACAUAUAUUGGCGCGACUGGAGAUCACUUUGUGCCGUCAAAUUUCUGCGACUCGAGGACUUUGUCGACGACAUUCGGCAUGGCAUGGCGUUGCAACUCGAACCGCAGGGUCUCGUUUUUGCCGAAAUCAAGUUCAUUGACCCCAUGAUCUCGCGAAAACCAAAGUUGCAGCGUCAACGGAUGAUUUUCAACAAGCAACAAGUGAAGCGGGCGAAACAACUGAACGUAAAUAUCGCAACUUGGGGUCGUCUCUUGAAGCGAAGCCAAACAUCGAGUCAUCAGCCACAAAAUGCGAACAUUGUGACGACACCAACAACACCAAAUGAUAACUAUUUGUCGGGCGUUCAACCGUUGGACAUUGAAGCAGCGGAAAUGGAGCCCUCAGAGACGCUUGGAGAGAAUCCUGAUGCCACAACUGUCGGUUUGCAAGGCGGAAGACCCUUAGGCAUUCAUGGUGUCUGCGUUUUACCAUCUGGCGAUCCCCAACGUCAAUUCCAGACGAGCCAAAGUCAGCAAAACUUGACGGCAGAUCAUUCUAGCUUAGCGAAUUUACAUCAACAGUCACCCAAACCAUCCAUGAGUACGCCAUCGAGUUUCAGACAAGUGCCGCCGCCCAUUAAGAAGCCUCCAAUGCCUGCGCCGCCUCCGCCCCCAACACAAAAAUCCAUGGAUCCCGAGCUUCAGAUGGCAUUACAAGAAUUCGAUUUCCUGCAGCACCACGAUGACGAUACCAUGAUGGAGAAUUCGGGUGAUUUGAUACAAGCGCCGCCUCCGUUGCAGUUUCAGGAUCCGCCAAUGCCUUUCCAAAGAUCGCCCGCGCACAAAGACGAUGCGCCGGAUCUCCUGAGACCCAUUUUGACGAUGCCUCCUGUGUUAUUGAUGGGCGGAAGCGGAAUUGUGCCGCCAAGUCCAAUUGUUGAGAUGCCUCCGACGCCCGAUGCGAACCAAAUGCCCGUUGUCGAGUACCCCGAGGAGGAAGAUGAUGAGCCGCAAGAGUUUGUUGUACGAGAUCAAAUUGAUAUUGAGAUCAUUUCCCAAAUGAACAACAUGCUCAUAAACGAUCCUCGUAACUCGAUGCAAUCGUUCACGGGUGUCGCGCCUCCGCCUCCAACGCAACAGCCAAUGCAAUCGAAGCCAACGCCUCCCGCAGUUCCUCAGCGCCCGCCAAGUUUGGAUGCCUCACGUAGACCGCCUGUCGUACGAGAGCUUUACGAAAAGGGUCGUCGACCUUCGGCAGCGACAAUCGUACAAUCGAGCAGUAUCGGCAUGUCCCUCAACGAUUUCAAACUGCUGAGCGUGCUGGGUCGCGGUCACUUUGGAAAAGUUAUUCUUGCACAGUAUAAAAACCGGAAUGAAUAUUAUGCGAUAAAGGCACUCAAGAAGGGCGAUAUUAUUGCACGCGAUGAAGUUGAGUCGUUGUUGAGUGAGAAGAGAAUUUUCGAAGUCGCUAAUACGAUAAGACAUCCCUUCCUCGUGAAUUUGCUUGCGUGUUUCCAAACAGAGCAACACGUUUGUUUUGUCAUGGAAUACGCAGCCGGCGGUGAUCUAAUGAUGCACAUUCACACAGAUGUCUUUAGCGAGCCACGUGCCGUCUUUUAUGCCGCAUGCGUUGUUUUAGGUCUCCAAUACUUGCAUGAGAACAAAAUUAUCUAUCGUGACUUGAAACUUGACAAUUUACUGCUCGACACUGAAGGUUACGUGAAAAUUGCCGACUUUGGGUUGUGCAAAGAAGGCAUGGGAUUUGGCGAUCGUACAGGAACAUUCUGCGGAACGCCUGAAUUUUUAGCGCCCGAAGUUUUAACAGAAACUUCUUACACGAGAGCCGUCGAUUGGUGGGGAUUAGGAGUUCUUAUCUUCGAAAUGUUGGUUGGAGAGAGUCCCUUCCCCGGCGACGAUGAAGAAGAAGUAUUUGACUCGAUUGUCAACGAUGAAGUACGAUAUCCGCGCUAUUUGUCAUUAGAAGCUAUUGCGAUCAUGAGAAGGCUCCUUCGUAAAAACCCCGAACGUCGUCUCGGAUCCUCAGAACGUGAUGCAGAAGAUGUCAAACGUCAAGCAUUCUUCCGUCAAAUUGUAUGGAACGACUUAUUGUCACGCAAAGUGAAGCCUCCAUUCGUGCCAACCAUCCGCUCAAUGGAAGACGUUUCCAACUUUGACGAGGAAUUCACUGCGGAAAAACCGCAGUUGACACCACCAAAGGAGCCGCGCCAAUUGACUGAAGCCGAACAAGCAUUCUUCAAAAAUUUUUCAUACAUGGCGGAUUGGUGUUAAAAAAAAUGUGUUGAAAAAAAUGAGAAAAUGUAACUCUUUUUUUUUGUUGUAAGAUAUUUUUUUAUUAUUAAUAUUAUCUAUCAUUAGCGUAUUUUUUUCUUUAAAUAAUCAUUAAUCCUUAAAUUUAUGCUAAAAAAGUUAGAAAAGUAAGAACCACUCGUUAAAAAUAUUAAAAAAUAAAUCAGUUGGACAGUUUUGAGGUCUUCCAAUCAGAAGAACGUCCAUGAAUGAAAUUCUAAAAGAAAGAAAAAAAUAUUACUAAAAAUAUUUAUUACGAUGAACGCAGGUGAUCAAACAAAAAAUGAAAUAAAGGACCAUGAAAUGUAGGAGAACAGAGUAUUUUUGUAUAAGAAAAGGGAUUUUUAUGCUAGAAAUAGAUUUAAAAGCAAUAUUUAUGGACAGUUGAGUUAAAUUUUUAAUGUGAAUGCCAAAAUACCGUCACCUU